UCCUCCCUCUUUUUUUUCUGUCCCCCUCCGAACUACCUCCUCCCUCGCGGUCUCUCUCCGUCCUCCGCCUCCUCCUCUCUCAUCCGAAACGGACAGCGCUAGUCUGGGGCUAGUGAUCUUGGUAAACAUUACUUCAGUAGCAACUCGCUCCACCUCUAUCACUGCUGUUUCACUCGGUGCAGCAGUAGCAGCAGCAGCAGCAGUAGCAGCAGCAGUAAGGCCGUGCUACGACUUCUACAUACAACAACGACAACAACAGCCCAAGCAGCGCAUGAGCCGACGGAGAUUAUGUUCGCUCUGUACAGAUGUUUGUUUAGCAUUCUGUAGAGGUGUUCUUGAUCGCGGCAACUUUUGGCUUUGUGAUCGUUCCUGCUGCCGUUCAUUUCAGUUCGGGUUAUGUUCACCUGCAAGCUAGAUCUACGCCUGUGACUUGAGACAAAACUUCAUUUAGUAAAAGUGACUUCGUGUUUUGUAGACUUGAAAAGUGUUACUUUAUGAUAUUUCCAAUGACAACUUUGAAGCAAGUCGGAACGGAUCCUUGAUUGACACCGGCCUGUGGUAGCUUUUCGUCACAAUUCCACGUCUCAGAUCCCGAAGGACUUUAUACUUUCCCACUGUGUCGUGUGCCCGACAGACCUGGUCGCUCGUUCGCUCUUUUCACCUGCUCUAGCGAACCAAGUGGUCAGUCGACGCAGACGGCGGAAGUCUUCUAGACUUGACCACACACUGACCACCUGCGAGCCAACUUGGACAGCGGUCAGUGGUAGUAUAAGCGUAUAUCUAUAAGUUACUAUAACUAUAAUUCCUCACUUCAGUCUCCUUGUUGAGCAUGAUUUGGAAGUUUCUGACGACCGUCGUUCUGGUAUAGCUGAGACAGUCUGAGACCGAAUGCUCACGAACGGUAAAGAGACUCUGAUUACUUGACAGACUUUGGGAAAUUGACGGUUUUGUUGAGUCCUCUACGGAUUUGAUGACUCAAAAAUAGUCGAAGAUUUCCCGAAACUUCAACAAAAACAGUUUGCGGUGUUCGUGUAUACUAAAUGCACGCUAGAACACGGAGAGCCAGUGAGCUGUGAGAAUAUUUUGGAUCCUAUUCUUCUCGUCCUCUCUCGGCCGCGGACCGUGGACCUAUCUGAGCAGCUAUAGAUGAACUCUAUGAAUGAACCCUUGUGUUUGGAGGAGUUAGUCGUGAGCGGCCACCACAACCACCACUCGACCACCCACCACCACGGGGGAGGAGGAGGUAUGACAAUGCAUCACCACCACCAUCACCUCAGCGAUUCGAACCCCAUCCCGUCGGGGUCAGAGGCGGCCCUGUCGUCCCCUCCUCACGGCUCAGGGCACCACACCACCACGGCUCACAGGACGCUCACACCGAGCGACGCCGCCUCUGAUAGAUCUGACUCCAACGACGCAUCCAAGACAAAAUCUGACGACGGUAACGAUGACGACAAGAAGAAGAAGCGCCAGAGACGACAGCGCACCCAUUUCACCAGCCAGCAGUUGCAGGAGCUGGAGGCUACCUUUGCCCGGAACCGCUACCCGGAUAUGGCCACCCGGGAGGAGAUCUCUGCCUGGACCAACCUCACUGAGGCUCGUGUUAGGGUUUGGUUCAAAAACCGCCGGGCCAAGUGGCGCAAGCGAGAACGCAAUAUGGAAACGUUCAAGACGGGAUUCGGACCUCAGUUUAACGGCCUGAUGCAGCCACCCUUCGACGAUGGCCUCUACACAGGCUACCCCUACCAGAACUGGGCGACCAAAGUACCGUCUCCACUGAGCUCCAAGACGUUCCCCUGGGGCCUGAACAUGAACAUGAACAGCCCGGUGAACCCUCAUUUGUCCUCAGUGGUCUCUACCCAGCCUCUGGGAGGCUUUUCCUCUUCCCCGGGUCCCAUAAGCAGCAUCAACUCUCCCAUGAUGGGCACUGGGGGCGUUGCCAGUAGCAUGAACUCCCCUGGAGCCCCCUGCCCCUACGGGCCCCCCGCGCCGCCUUACAUCUACAACCGUGAUCAGUGUUCUAACAGUAUCGCCGCGCUCCGCCUCAAAGCCAAGGCUCACUCUUCCCCCUUCUCCUACCCGUCGAUGCCACCCCGCCAGCCACCCACCCUGUCCGCUUGCCAGUACGCCACGGUCGGUAACGGCGCUGCCGUUUGACAUACACCUCAGCCCUAUCCUUCUCCGGCACACUCGUCCUUCCCGACAGCCUCCUCCUCCACAUCACUCGCCCCAGAAGAUCACAGCAGUGUGGGCGCCAGCAGCAGCAGUAGCAGUCACAGCCUAGCUGGCAAGUUGCCAGACCCGCUCGGUCUCAGCAGGGAACUGAGCUUCUUGUAGGAUCUGCUCUGUUCUCGUAGUAUUUGCUCUCUGGUAGUGGUGGUGUCUGCUAUCAUGCAGGGUCUGUCUGGUAGUAUCUAUCUAUUAGAGUCGACCACCUGGUAGUGUCUGCUACUUUGCAGUAGCUGCUAUGACAGUGUCAGCAAUUCAGUAGAAGAGUCUGUUACCUUGUAGUAGCUACUGUCUGGUAGCGUCUGCUAUCUGAUAGUGUCCAUUUGGCAGUGUCUGCUAUAUGGAAUUGUCUGCUAUCUGAUAGUAUUUAUCUGCUAGUGUGUGCUAUCAGCCAGACGGAGGGAACAUCAGAAAGCCAGGCCACUUCCGAACGGGCUGGCUCAGAUGCUCAGGGAGUUCGCCACUGUUCUCCAUUAAGGCAGCCGAAAAAAAUCAGUGUUAGGAUUGGAACACCAGAUAGAAAUGAGCCUUCUAGACCUGCAGAAUAUCGCGCUGAUCUUGUUUAAAGCUUUCGUCCCAAGGGUCAGCAUAUGUCAGUUUUAAUAGUACGAAUGUGAAGUUGGGGGUUGGUUUGUUAAUGACACUGAAUUAUUUAAGGCUAGGAAUACUUGCGAAAUUUUUAAAAGUUGAUCUUCAUCUGUGAUCAGUUAUUUCAUUCCCAAGCUGCCGAAACACGGUCGUAUCUAAAAACAUCUGUGUCAGUUAGACUUGAAAACCCCAAAGGCAUUAACUAGAUAUUCUGAAUACAUAGAUGUGCCUCUUCAACUGGUCGACCCAUAUUCGUUCAUUUUCUUUGACUUAGACUUCGAAAACUCAAACAACACUUCAAUUCAGCAAACCAAAAUUUUAUAAAGCAGACAAACAUAAAGCGAGUAAACUGUGGGACAAAGGGAAGGGAAAGAUAGCCGCAUAAUUUGACCACUCUGAACUGAGGGGCACGCUACACAAUAGAGUGAGAACCAGUUCUAGGGCAGUUGGGUGGGUGCGCCAUAUCGGCACCAGAUUAAUCUAAUUCUCUGGGACUCCAGCUUCCCUGCCCGGUCAAUCGAUAUUAAACCGUCCGAUGAACCAGCAUCCCAAGCGUCAUGUAUACUCCCCGAAACCAACACCCCAGCUUUGUUUUGGCUCUUUUUCUUCUUCACCAGCUCCAAUUUUUCCGAACAUUGAUUUCUCAUGGGCCUCUAAGUCAUGAUUUUUAAGCUCUUCUCCUUCCAAGCAGAAUGCAAGAGUGCAAUUCAAUAUCUAAAUAUAAUUUGGUCAUAUAUUAUUUGCAUUUUCCCGCUAGGCAUCCUAUAGAUAGAUAUUGAUAAAUACAGAAAUAUCAUUUGAUUUCUUAUUUCAGUAUUAGAAAAAGUAUCUUCUAAGACCUAAAAAUUAAACUAAGACUAACAGAGAGUAUAAUGUUAUUCAAUGAUGUGAGGGGAAGGAAAGUAUGUCUUUUUCAAGUGUAUUUCUGUCAUGGAAAAGGUCAAAACUUUUUGUCAUUUUAUGAAGUUACGCAUUUUUUCAAAAGCGGUAUACAACGGAAUUAAUUCAGCUCAAGAGCUCACCAUGUACCAAGCGGUAAAUUAAACAUAAUAUGAAUUGACCUCUCUUCACGUUCGUACAAUUAUUAUUACAUGUUUGUGAUGGGAAAAUAUUGGCGAUGGACAAUAUUUCAAACUGCACUUGUCUGGUCCAGAGCUUGGGUUCUCUAGAAUAACACCAACAGUCAGUUCCAGAAUGUAGCUGUUGGUCAUAAUAAUCGGCUGCCUUGGAAACAGAACAGGCUAAUGAUAGCUGUUUUCUUCACGUAGACUCUGCCCUGACGUCUCUGACGGUUGGAGCGGUCUGCAAAGUGUUAUUGGAGGGACGGACUGCGCCAUUCACGAUCUGUUCAUGCUUUUGUUUUUGUUUUUGUUAUUUUUUUCACAUGAGAAGGAUGGGGUAGUGAGGUACCUUCAAAGACUUUGUGACAAAAUCACACUUUUUAUUAUCUUUAGCUCGAGUUUGACAAGGAUGAAAGACUUCUUGGCCUCUUUAUGUUGGCCUCGUGUGGACUUCAUUACGUCAUAGCAUUGUAAAUUAUCUCACCCUUCAUCGUACUGGUGUUCUAUUGAGUUCAUUGCCUGGAAAUUUGCAGAGAAACUGUUUAUCUCAAGCUGGUGCGGCGAUGAAUCUAUGUAUAAAUCAUGUUGUGCAUUGAUAAAUUUAUGAAUGAAUUCAUUUAAUUCUAAUAUCACGUAUAUGUACACAAUUUGAUAAAUUUAAUAACUAUGUGGUUCACAUUUUAAUUGAAUGUCUGCCGCAUGCUACUUUGCGUUUAUGUUGAACUUUGCUGCUUUGAAUGUUCAAAUGGAGUAAUAUUGUGUGUAUCUGAAGAGACUUUGGCUGUCGAUUUUAACUGUGAAUUCGUUACUUUCUCUAAUGGUGGACUAUUCAGAAAAUAUAUUAUUUAAAUUAUUGAACUAUUAUUUCGAUAUGUGUAUUCUCUUUGUCUGUUCUUUAAAGGAUCCAAAAUUUGCUUGCCUAUAACAGCGAAUUGUUUCUACUCUGAUAUAACUCUUCGGCAGUCCUUUUGAUUAUUAAGGUCUCGAUGUUUAUCAAACAGGAGGAAUGAGAUGUUCUAGGAUGGAAGAAAAUAUUUAUUUCUAAGAAAUGUAUAGAGUGUGCGAGACUGAUAAUCCAAAAACAUUGAGCAAAUGAAUUUCAAAAUUUUUCUUUCUCAUUGUGCUCACAGACAUUGUGAUUAAUUUCAAUACGAUAGCCAGUGGCAUUACCAGCACAAAUAACAUCUACAUUUUGUUUUCAGAAAGACUUUGUCAUAUCAAUUUUUGAAAAGAACCUUUGAAAAACCAAACAACACUGAAUUUUUCAACUAAAAUUUGAUAAUAAAUUUUCUUUUGGGUACUUCUUCUUUAAAGGAUCCUUUUUCCUUUCAUCAUUCAUCGACUUUACAGAAGUUGGGAAAGAUACCUCUGAUUUUUUAACCACGACGUGUGAAGUUGCAUUUACCAUGCUAACGUUACUUUGUUUUUCUACACUGGAUACUGCGAGACUGUCUUUUCUGUUUCUUUGUUCUCUGAAUGGAUUGAAAUGACAAUGAACAGAUUAUUUUAUAUGCAUGCGUGUUUAUCUCUGUCACCUUUCAUGUCCUUUCAAAUUUUGUUUUAAAGCUGGCUUUUUUCACUGUAAAUCAGCACAGUGAUAUAUUGUAAGGUGUAAUGCAUUGCCACGAGGCCGUUCAACUCUAUGAGGGUUUUAAAGUGGAGACUAUAUAAUUAGUUAAUGUUUUCUCUUGUUGUUUGAGGCUGUCUCUGGGCACAGAUGCGGUUGCAAAUAACCUAAACGGCCCAAGGGAUAGAACAUUUUCAUGACAUCUGACUACUCGAAAAUACAAGCGUAUGUUGUUCAAAGUUAAUCUAAGUGUGAUAGCGUUACAUACAAGCUGUAAACCUUCUUCUUUUCUUUUUCUAAAAUUCGAGAGAUGCAAUUUGUCAAUAAAUCUACGCAAUCUGACACUUUAUAUAUGAACAAGCAGAAAUGUUUAGGAAAAUCAAGUGCUCAUUGGAUUAUCCUAUAAUCUACAUUACUAGACUUUUCGGGAAAUACACGUACAUGAUCAAGAGUUAGUUUAUCCUGAAAAAAAAAAGGUUUGAUUCCUGUUUGUGAUAACUGAAUUGAACUCUAACACCAUGUGAACCGAUCUGGAGUAUAGAUAAGUCCAACAAGGAACUACUUUACGUAGGGCGUAUAAUCAGCUCAAAGAUGGUUAGUGAAUAUCCCUGUAGCCUCAAGAGUAAUAAUAACCUGAUAUCACGAAAGCAUCUAAUUCAACUGACUUCCCUUCGCUCUGUCCUUGUACUGUUUCUGUUUGUAGCGCAAAUCAGGUCCCAGAACAGAACUGACCAUGUUGACACUGGUUCCACCAAAACACAUUGCUAAAAAUGCUACUGGAAAAUAACUUAUCUAACGUGAAUAUUUCCCUUCUAAGAAUGCAAAAAUUUAAAUGUGAAAUGGUAAGAGAGAGGAUCGAUUAACCCGACAUUGUUUCUGUUAUUGUUGUUUUGGUUGUCGUUGUUGAUUCUGUUGUUGUUGUUGUUAUUGUCAUUGUUGUUGUUGUUGUUGCUGCUGCUGUUGUUAUUGCAGAUGGCUUGAAUUUGGUGAGAAACAUAGACUGACCUCUAGUGUUAGUACACUUUUAGAGUCAUCAAGUAUACUCACCAAAAGAAUAAACUAAUGGAAUCUUCUAUAACCUCAUUUCCUGUGUGACGUUUUUCUUGAAACGUUUGUAAAAACCUGUGUGGUCGUGUUUCUCUGAGAGAAAGGUGUUGGUUGCGCUUACCUCGUCAGUUUUGUCCGCUAAAGGAACCCACAGCUUCUAAUAUCCUACAAGAACGAGAAUGCAUUGCAUGUUUUAAACAAUAUUCUUAUUUUAGAAUAUUUUUACAGCAAAGUUUUAAUUUGCCAUACGUGUACACAUGUCACGUUAUAUUGUAGUUUCUUUUCUUUGUCGAAUCAAGCAGCCAUGGUUGCAACUGUACAUUUGAUCACCGUUUCCCAAAUUAUUACUGUAUCUGCAGACUAAAAAACAACGUGAAUCAGUGCUGGUAGGUUCAAAGUGUUCGCGUUUACAUUCAUUACUUUUAAUUUUGGAAACCUUCCAGUAUUCAGCUGAACACGUCUCGAACUUCUAAGAAUGUUUGUUUACUUUGCAAGUUAAAAGUCACCCAAGUUCAAUUUGUAGAUUUGUGCAAGCAUACUAUGAUGAUUUACUUAUUUUCCAUUUCAAAGUUUAUUUUCAAAUUGUUCACUCAAAUCACCUGCUCACGACUGGCAUAAGCGGAUGUAACACUAAUUUCUUUACAAUGAAAAUGUAUCAGUUACAGAGGGUGUUGUUCUAAUUCCUUUCUGAUGAAAUCUCAUCAAAAAGUGAAUGUGACCACACCCCCUUCCCCUCCCCCCACCCCUUCUUGACCAGAAACUCAAAAACAUUAAUAUCUAAAUUACUGUUUUUAGUUAUAUGGUGUGAAUUUUUCGAUUUUCUGUUUUCCAUAAAACAAGAAGAAUGUUAUCAUAAUGUAAUAAAGAAACGUUUGAUUGUCAUUAUAAUAUAGCACUGAAGUGCAGGGAUGUGAGCAUGCAAGUUUGGUGAUACCUUUAUCGACCUGUACAAUGCUUCCUCCAUUGCCUCUUUUGACUUUGUUUUUCAACCUCUCGGAGAUCAAGCCUCUUUACACUUAAGCUUACUAUGUCUAAAGUUCUGAAACAGUAAUGAUUGUGUUAUUAAGCAUUAAAAUAAAAAUGUGUUACAGAAGU